AUGAAUACUGGUUGCUUCGCCGCCAGCAACGCCGUUGCGAGGACCUCGCUUGCCCUCAGCAAGUUUGUCCGCGAAGUGCGCGAGUCUCGGUCGGAGCUGGACAGCAUCUCCAGCGAGCUCCAUUCGCUCGAUGGCGUCCUCCAGCUCCUCCGCGACGAUGCCGCCUCCUUUCCACCGUUCUUGGCCGAACAGACCCCGAGUGCGCUCGACUGCUGCCUGACCCUGAUCAACGAGCUCGAAGGGUGCAUAUCUGUGCUCAACCGACCCGGCGUCUCGAGGGCGGACAAGAAGGCCCGGUGGAUGGCGAGCCGUGAUCACAUCAACAGGCUGCACUGGACGCUGGGACGGUACAAGGACGCGCUCGGGCUGGCUGUUGACUUUGUUGACGCAAGCAAAGCCCAAAAUGACAACGACGCAAGCUCCGAGGACGUGGACGAGUUGGCCGAGGUGGCAGCACGAAUCAUCUCAACCUCGUGCGAACCACCGCCGGAAAUGCGCCCAAACAGAGCCCUCACCACACUGCAGCAGUAUUUCGACACACUGCGCGAGUAUGCCAACCUCUCGGCGCCCCCAUCGGCGAGAAAGAAGCCUGAAAGCCAGCCGAAGCCACCACCGCAAGCAGCCGAGGCCCCUGACAGCGCCAUCGAGAUGAGCUGCGACGAGUCGUCCUCCUUCUUGACCAAGAAGCAACCCUUGAAAGCACCACCACGACCCAGCAGGCCAGACGCAGUGGACGGUACGUUUUUUGACGAAAUGGACGAGUUUUCCGGGGAGCUUCACGAGAUGCCGCCAAACAUGAUGCCCGUUCGCGAUGUGCGCAACCGCGUACCGCCACCACCACCACGAUCAACGUCUCGACUGGGAAGCUCGUCGUCUGCCAUCCCCAACUUUAGCCACAAUCAGCACCCACAGCACACGCGACAGGCCCCUAGCAUCUCCGAUACCGACAGCAACUAUUACGGCUCCCUGUCCAACGCCGGCAGCAGCGUUGCCUCGAGGGCAAGCGGGCAGAGCAGCAACAUGAGCUUGAACCACAAGGACUCAAUGUCUCGAAUCCGGAGCUUCUCCCCUCCAGCCCUGCACCCAGUGUCGGAGCACAUCCUCGCCCAGCACGGCCACCCACCACCACAGGGAAGCCAGCAGGGAUAUUACACCUCUUCGCACGACCACUCCUCCCAAAGCGGCGACUCCAACUCGUUUCACGGGUCGGAAUCGAGGCGCUCGAGCGGCAUGAACCAGUCUGUUCACUCCCUCUCUCGGUACUCUGUGUUUGAGAAUCCCCGAGCGGAAAUCCCCAUGCCGCCACCUGUCCCUGCGCUGCCGCCAAUGUCAUCGUCUGGCAUGACACGCCCGCCAACCCCCUCAAGCUCCAACUUUAUGUUUUCCCCUCCGCAGAGUCCAUACAUGCCCACCGGGAAUCGAGACAGGGACUCCACGAGCACCAGCGGCUUGAGCGGGAAGAGGAGCUCGUCCAGGUUAGGCAGCGCGUUUUCUCGCCUCGGCCUUCGGUCCACCAAGCAUAGCCAGCCUGCCACACCAACACACUCACACAACCCCUCCACCUCGACUCCUUCUCUUGCAGAGUCGCUGACCUCGACAAAUGUGUUUGGAGUACCGGUUGCCCAGUCCAUGAAGGUUGCCAAGGGAGUAGCCUCGACGUCCCACGAAGGAGGCUCGGCAGGCGGCAAGAGUGCGCGGGACUACCCUCUUUGCAUCCUGCGUUGCGUGUACUACAUCCGGGACAUGGGCUUGGCGGAGUGCCCGCAUGUUUUUGGUCAAGACGGCGACAGCUAUCGAGUGUCUGACCUUCGGGAGAUCUUCAACAACCCACAGACUGGCUACGGCAAGGUGCUGGACUGGAGGGACUUUACUGUCUACGAUGCUGCCGACCUGAUUCUUGUGUAUCUAAACGAACUGCCUAAGCCGCUUGUUCCGGAUUCGUUGGCCAAGAGGUGGAUCAAGCUGAGCAAGCAGUCGAAUGUGGCGGGAAGCAUGGCGCUGCGAAUAGACCAGGGCAUUGACUUUUGGGAGGAGGCACUCAUGGGCAUCAAGGGCCCGGAGAGGAGCCUCUUCAAGUUGCUGUUGACGCUCUGGGGCGACAUAGCCGACCAGGCCGAGAGGAACGAAAUGACAGCUGAGAGGCUAGCUGGGAGGGUCAUGAGGCCCCUGCUGCACUUUGUGCCAGUGAGCGCCAUGGGGAAGGCGGCGGCAAAGCAGGCGCAGUAUGAGACAGAUUUGUUGCUAGGCAUUGCAUUCAUGAUCAGAAAGAGGAGCGAGUACAAUGCCGAGCUGAAGAAGAAUGGGGGGAAGCCUGCGAAGCCAAAAGGACUUCCGCCUGGGUUCACCAUUUUGCCCUCGACAAUGGGGUCAACCUGGAUUCUUUGUGGGUUCAAAGGGUCAGUCUCGACUUUAAAUGCCUGCCUUGAUGCGAAUGGACAGGAUCUCAUCUACGGCACCCCGCGUUUCCACGCACAUCAUCCGGACAAAGACACCAUUUCCCGCCUUUUAUUCUCAAAGAUCUCGGCCAUCAAUCCCCCAGCAGACAAGAACAGAUUUCGCGUGUUGAUACCCGGAUUGAGAGGCUAUCCAAGGUCGCCGGUUGCGUACGUAACCCACGCGUGGGCCCCCGUCCAGGCACAUCUCGAAGUUGACUUGGAGAAGGACUUGCCGGAUGAGGUUUCGUGUGCUUUGAAGAGCUGCGAAGGGAUAUUUUGA